AUGAGCUCGCCGGGCGCCGAGAGCGCGGGGAAGAGCCUGCAGUACCGCGUGGACCACCUGCUGAGCGCCGUGGAGAGCGAGCUGCAGGCGGGCAGCGAGAAGGGCGACCCCACGGAGCGCGAGCUGCGCGUGGGCCUGGAGGAGAGCGAGCUGUGGCUGCGCUUCAAGGAGCUCACCAACGAGAUGAUCGUGACCAAGAACGGCAGGAGGAUGUUCCCGGUGCUGAAGGUGAACGUGUCCGGCCUGGACCCCAACGCCAUGUACUCCUUCCUGCUGGACUUCGUGGCGGCCGACAACCACCGCUGGAAGUACGUGAACGGGGAGUGGGUCCCGGGCGGCAAGCCCGAGCCGCAGGCGCCCAGCUGCGUCUACAUCCACCCCGACUCGCCCAACUUCGGGGCACACUGGAUGAAGGCGCCCGUGUCCUUCAGCAAGGUCAAGCUCACCAACAAGCUCAACGGAGGGGGUCAGAUCAUGCUGAACUCCUUACAUAAGUACGAGCCUCGGAUUCACAUAGUGAGAGUCGGGGGCGCCCAGCGCAUGAUCACCAGCCACUGCUUCCCAGAGACCCAGUUCAUAGCGGUGACCGCUUAUCAGAACGAGGAGAUCACAGCUCUUAAAAUUAAAUACAAUCCAUUUGCAAAAGCUUUCCUAGACGCAAAGGAAAGGAGCGAUCACAAGGACAUGACAGAGGAGCCCGGAGACAGCCAGCAGCCCGGGUUCUCCCAAUCAGGGGGGUGGCUCAUCCCUGGAACCAGCACCCUGUGCCCGCCGGCCGCCCCCCACCCUCAGUUCGGAGGGCCCCUCUCGCUUCCCUCCGCACACGGCUGUGAAAGGUACCCCGCCCUGAGGAGCCACCGUCCAUCGCCCUACCCCAGCCCUUACGCACAUCGGAAUAAUUCUUCCACCUAUUCGGACAGUCCGUCUGCGGGCCUGCCCAUGCUCCAGCCGCACGACAGCUGGCCCGGCCUCGGAGCGCCCGCCCACGGCAGCGUGCUCCCCACGGGCCACGGCGCCGGCCCGCCCGCCGGCUCCAGCCAGUACCCGAGCCUGUGGUCCGUGAGCAACGGCACUGUCACGCCUGGCGCCCAGACGGCGGGGACGUCCAACGGGCUGGGCGCCCAGUUCUUCCGGGCUUCCUCGGCACACGCGGCGCCUCUCGGCCACCCGGUCCCGGCCUCCCCCGCCUCGGGAUCCCCGCUGUACGAGGGGGCCCCCACGGCCACAGACAUUGCUGACAGCCAGUACGACGCCUCGGCCCAAGCCCGCCUCAUCGCCUCGUGGACGCCCGUGUCCCCACCUUCCAUGUGAACGGACGCCCGUGUCGUGGACGGCGCAGGCCCUCACUGUGGGGGCUGCAGGCGUGGGUUUGGUUGAUCUCCCAGGUACCGAGGUGGCCGCUCCUGGGUCAAGGGAAGGAAAUAGGGCUCGUCACCUUCCCUUUGCAGCUAGGGGGAGGGGUGCGUGGCCUGCUGCUCCGCAGGGGUGCGGCACCGCCCUGCGCACCUGCGGUGAACUCUGCGAUGCAGCAGGCCGAAUCUGCCACGGUUCAUGACCAGCACCUUUUGGGGGGGUCCGAACCAUGUGUCCAGCUCGUGUGGGACCUGGCCCGCCGGCAUCUGUACCUCCCACUGGUCCCACUCGAGCAGGGGAAAGAGGACACUGAGUUCUCUUCCUCGCUGCUUUGGGGGACGUCCCAGACCCUCUGUGGCGGCCGUCAGAGGUGGGCCUGCGCCGUGAAGGACAGACUCACAGCAGAGCCGAGGACGGCAGAUGGUAGUUGAAGGCAGGCCAGCCCGCUUGCCCGCUAGAAUGCGUUCGUUUGGAGCAUCGGUAGUUAGUCUCUUGUGUUGUUAAACCUAUGAUUGUUCAUAUUUGUCUUUUAAGUGGCCAAAGACAAUCAGCAGGAAACUUUUCCUGCAAAAUAAAGGCAAUAUCCAAA